UGCCACAUAUCAGUGCCUACCAGUGCACAUCAAUGCCACAUAUCAGUGCCCCCAUCAGUGCCACCUAUCAAUGCCAAUCAGUGCCACCUAUCAGUGCUGCCAAUCAGUGCCACCUAUCAGUGCCACCUAUCAGUGCCAGUCAGUGCCGCCUAUCAGUGCUAGUCAGUGCUGCCUAUCAGUGCCAUAUAUCAGUACCAUGUAUGAGUGCUGCCUUUCAGUGUCCAUCAGUGAUGCCUGUCAGUGCCCAUCAGUGCCGCCUACCAGUGCCUCCUCAUCAGUGUUCAUCAGUGCAGCCUCAUUAGCGCACAUCAGUGAAGGAGAAAAAUCACUUAUUUACAAAAUUUUAUAACAACUAAGAAAAAAACAUUUUUUUUCAAUAUUUUCAGUGGUUUUUGGUUUGUUUA